AUGUCUUCAUUAACCUCUAAUACAUUAGAAAAUGCCUAUGCUAGAGCAAAAGGAAUAGUUGGUACUCCAGUUGCCCUUCAGACAAAUUAUAAUAAAACAAAAAAGGCUUUAUUUAAGCUUACAGAGGCUAUUAAUAAAAUGAUAACUUAUAAGAAGAUUAUAAUACUAGUUGAGUUUCAGAAAAUAACAAAAGCUUUAUUAGAAAAAGAAAGAACAAGAGUAGUCAAGAAAAUAAUAAAUGAAGAUAAAGAUGAUGAAGUUGAUAAUGAAUAUGAAGAAAAAGAAUUGAAAAAAUCAAUUUAUAUGCUAUCUAAAUUUGAUGAAUGGAAUGAUGAUAUUGG